AUGCCCCGCAAGAGUGUCCUCGUCACUGGGGCCAACGGUUACAUUGGUUCUGCUGUAUGCCGUGCCUUUGUCCGUGCAGGCUGGCAAGUGUUUGGGCUGGUUCGACGGCUGGACGCAGCGGGCGGCCUGGAAGCGGAUGAGAUCACCCCGAUCGUGGGUUCACUGUCAGAUCUCAGUUUCCUGGACUCGUUGUUCGACCACACUAAGACUUUUGAGGUCAUCGUUGGCUGCACCGAACCCCCGGACUAUGCAUCCCACUUCCACGAGGCAAUGGCCAUGUUCCGCCGGGUCGCCGAGGUCAGCAACUCCAGCCAUGUGAGACCGCUAGUCCUCUGGACAUCAGGCUGCAAAGACUACGGCACCACUGCAGUCGACGGGGACCCGGAUCUCGGACCCCAUACCGAAGUCUCACCCCUGAAUACCCCGGCUGUUCUCAGCGCCAGGGCUACGUACUCUCUCAAGGUUCUGGAACAGACGGACCUUUUUGAUGCGACAGUCUUACGUCCGACCAACGUAUUCGGCUACAGCAGUAGUUACUAUGGGGUCAUAUUCGAGUACGCUGCUAAGGUGGUUGCCAAUGGCGCCAAGUCCUUGCGAAUUGCGGACGUAGAUCCCAGGAGCAUCAUGCAUGCCAUGCACGUGGACGACUGUGCUGAAGCCUAUGUCGCUCUUGCUGAGCACGGUGACAGGGCCGCUGUUUUCGGACAGUGUUUCAACAUAUCCGCAAGUGAAUAUGAAACAGCAGAAGCUGUUGCUGAAGCAUUGGCGAGGGAGUAUGGACUGAGUUCUGGCGCAGAGUUUGUCGCGGGGUCUGAGAAUAGUGGCAACCCGUCGAUGGCUCCGGCCUUGUUACCCCUCCUUGGAUUCAGCCAGUGGGUGGGAAGUGACAAGAUCCGGGACGUGACGGGUUGGACAGACCGACGACCUUUGUUUAGCCAGAACCUAAGCGUCUACCGAAGAUCGUACGAAGCUGCCGUACGCGCCGGUCACGAGGACAUUGCGAGGAUUCAGGGGCGACAAGAAUUCAUCAAGUUUGCACUGCAGAACCAAUAG